UUGGAAAAACAGCUGGUAAGAAUCAUCAAUCAGAUCAAGUUUGAGAAGGCCAUUGCUGUGGAGGAAAAGGGCUCUACAAUAGCCAGUAUCAACCUUGAUGCAUUCACCGUUGAAAGUAGCUACCAAGGUCCUGACCUGGAUAUCAAAGUGGAAGACAAACGAGUGUGCGUUUCGAUGACGCAGGAAUAUAUCUCUAACAUGGUGGACUUGUUCCGUAAGGGAGGCAAGAUCCCCAAGAAACACGCCUUCGCCAUUGUAGCUGCUGCGAACGAAAUUUUCAAGGAGCAGCCUCCGAUGGUCGAGUUUGGUCUCAAGCGGCCUGCCACUGCUGCUAAGGAGCUACAGUUGGAAGAAGCGAAGAAGAUCACCGUUUGUGGAGAUACCCAUGGUCAAUUUUACGAUGUGCUGAACCUAUUCAAACGUUUUGGAAAAGUCGGGAAGGACCACAUUUAUCUGUUUAAUGGAGACUUUGUGGACCGCGGCUCAUGGUCCUGCGAGGUUGCAUUUUUAUUGUACUCGUUGAAAUUGCUGUAUCCUCAAAACAUCUACAUAAACAGAGGAAACCACGAGACGAACGAUAUGAACAAAGUGUACGGUUUUGAGGACGAGUGCAAGUACAAGUACAGCGAGAAACUAUUUUCGUGUUUCAGCGAGUCCUUUAAUUCCCUGCCGUAUGCCUCUCUAAUUGGCCAAGAGUAUCUUGUCAUGCAUGGUGGUCUGUUUUCUUCUGACAACGUCACUUUGGACGACAUAAGAAAGAUCGAUCGGUUCAAGAGCAAACAACCUCCGAAGGAAGGGAUUGAGAUGGAACUUUUGUGGACGGACCCCCAGGAAAGCAAGGGAAGAUCCGCUUCCAAAAGAGGAAUUGGAAUGCAGUUUGGUCCGGACGUCACGGCAGAUUUCUGUGAGCGCAACAAGCUCAAGGCAAUCAUUCGGUCUCACGAGGUUCGUAUGGGAGGUUACGAAAUAGAACACGACGGCAAACUGGUGACGGUGUUCAGCGCACCAAACUACUGUGAUAUGCAGGGGAACUUGGGCGCAGUGGUUAACUUUACGCUCAAAGAUGAUGAAUAUAAGGUGGAGUAUGCAACCUUCACUCAUGUCGACCAUCCUAAUAUUCCUCCUAUGAACUACUCCAAAAACAACUUUGGGUUCUAA